AUGAAGGAUGCCUCUAUUGACUCAUUAAAUGCAGAUAGACAUGAAAGCAUGCACACUGGAGAAGAACCUUGCAAAUCUAAAGACUGGGAGAAAUCCUUAAAUGUGUGUUCCAACAUUAGUCAAGAUCAGAGACUGUACACUGCAAAGAAAGAGCACAGGCAGGGAGAAUAUGAUAACUGUUUCAGCUCUGCACACAGUCUUCUGAAACAAACAGGCUCAGGGGAGAAGCCUUACAAAUGUAAGGAAUGUGAUAUAUCCUUUACUGUGAAGUCAACUCUCAUAAACCAUCAGAGAAUUCAUACUGGAGAGAAACCAUACAAAUGUAAGCAAUGUGACAAGUGCUUCACCAUGCAGUCAACUCUUAGAAACCAUCAGAAAACUCACACUGAAGAGAAACCGUACAAGUGCAACAUUUGUGACAAAUCCUAUAAACUGUGUUCAAACCUUAAAAGACAUCAAAGAAUUCAUACAGGGGAAAAACCUUGCAAAUGUAGGCAAUGUGACAAAUCCUUUACCCGCUACUCACAUCUCAGAAUACAUCAGAGAAUUCACACUAGGGAGAAACCAUACAAAUGUCUGGAAUAUGACAAGUCCUUUACUGUGCAGUCAAAUCUUACAAAGCAUCAGAGAACUCAUACUGGAGAGAAACCCUACAAGUGCAACUCUUGUGAAAAAUCCUACUCCAAAUGCUCAAAUCUUAAAGCACAUCAAAGACUUCAUACUGGGGAGAAACCUUACAAAUGUAGGCAAUGUAACAAAUCCUUUACCUGUUGCUUUGAUCUUAAAACACAUCUGAGAGUUCACACUGGGGAGAAACCAUACAAAUGUAAGGAAUGUGACAAAUCCUAUGUCAGUUGCUCACAACUUAGAAUACAUCACAGAGUUCACGCUGGGGAGAAACCAUACAAAUGUAAAGAAUGUGACAAGUGCUUUACUGAGCAGUCAGCUCUUACAAGGCAUCAGAGAACUCAUACUGGAGAGAAACCCUACAAAUGCAACUUUUGUGACAAAUCCUUUAAACAGUGUUCAAAUCUGAAAACACAUCAAAGAAUUCAUACUGGGGAGAAACCUUACAAAUGUAAGCAAUGUGACAAAUCCUUUACCCAGAACUCACAUCUUAGAAGACAUCAGAGAGUUCAUACUUGA